AUGUACAGAAAAAGCGCAGCAAAACGAACGGGAAUUUAUCGUGUGAGCGGCAACAUGGCGGAUUUUCAAAUGGAGAUCAAAUUGCGGCAUAUUAGCGAAUGGCUGCCAGUGCCGAAAUUUGAAUAUACGGGCGCGAGUUCGAAUUCGAAUGCGAAUGCAAAUGCGAAUGGCGAACCAUUCUCGGAUAGCCCGAUGAGCAGUACUUGGGGUGAUUUCUUUAUCUAUGUGCCGCACGAGGAUCAACAUGGCAAUUACUACAAUUACUUUAAUUAUUAUAAUCCCGGCAGUGAAUAUCCGAGCAGUGCUAAGGCUUCGGGCAGCACAAACGAAAGUGGAUGCCGAAGUGCCGUUAGCAGCGCUACCGCCGCUGGUACCGUUAGUAGUCUGCAGACAAGAUCCUACGAAUUCGGCGCUCAAUUGGAGCAAUUGGGCGAUGGUUUCUACGCCCAGAACAAGGAACUGUGUAACGGUGGUACGGCCAAUCUCUGCAUUGCCUGGCAACAGAAGCAUUUCAGUCGCACGGAGCUGCAGCGUUAUGGGGAUGCCACCAAGUGCGUGACGAGCUUGCAACGUCGCUAUCAUCGCUGGACGCAGGACAUCCUGGAGCUGCAGCAGCGCCAUCAGCGUGAAGUCGACCGUCAUCAGGCGCUCUACGAGGAGGAGCUACGUCUACGGCGUCGCCGAUCGAAGCGCAAGGAGAAGGAGCGGGAGAGAGAGCGAGAGCGGGAGCGGGAGAAAGCUGUCACAGCGCUCUCCUCGCUGGCCAUAUCCGAUUAUAGCCUGGAGGCGCCGCCGUUGCCCGAGGAUCCCAAUUUUGCGGCACGCACCUGUCUCAUACACACGCUGAUCGAUGUGGAUUUCGAGGAGCUGGACGGCUUGGAGCCAGGGCUGCAGCAGGAGGUGCUCGAGCUGCACAGUCAGGGCUACCAGCUGAUGUAUGUGUAUGCGCAACUGCAGCGGGACACGUUGCUGCUGACACUGCGCUAUUCAGCCGCACAGGGAUUACUCUAUGUCUAUCCGGAUUUUAACUUUAGUGCCGAUGACAUGGACUAUGUGCUGGAGAUUGAUAACGAUUGCAGGCAGCUCUAUGCGUAUGGCUUUCAGAAUGUGACGCCUUUAAAGGCGCACCAGCCCAAGGAGCCGCUCUACCAGCAGCUUAAGCAGCCACAGCCGGAGGAGGAGCAACCGACUUGGCCCGCUGCGGAUGCGAGUGCGGAGCAGCUGCUCGGCUUUUAUCAACGGCAGCGUUUGGAGGCCGUUGAGCGGCGUCGUCUGCUGCAGUUUUCCGUGCCGCCCAAGCGCAUGAGACGCGUCUCGCUGCUGCUGGAGCUGCGACAGGCGCAACACUUUGAGUACGCCAAUAUACAUGUGCGCUACUAUGUGAAUCCGCCACAGAACACGCUUUUGGAGCCGUCCAAUCCCGAUGAUCCGUUUCCGCUGCGUGGCGCCACCGCCACCUGUGUGUCGGGUGGUGGCCAGAGCUUGGCCAGCUUCUGCCACUGCUGGCAGCUGACGCUGCUGUGCGAGGAGUCCUAUCAGCCGGAUCAGCUGCUGCACAUCUACUUUGAGGUCAUCAGCAUCGACAGCUGGCAACGGGAACGCUGCGAGGGUUACGCCCACUUCUCCUGCGCCUUGCUGGCGCCGUUGCCCGCCGCCGUUGUCAACGGCAUUCAGCUGCAGUGCAUCCGUCCAGUGGGCAGCUGGCUGGAUGCACUCAAUCGUUACUUUAUCGGCGGACGCACACUCUUCGAUUUUGUGGGCUACUUCAAUGGCAGCUCGAGGAACAGCUCGUUGCACAGUCGCCUCGAAUGGAACACAUCGUGUGCCAUGCGCAGCACGGGAACUCUGCUCUUCAGCAUGCGAAAGCUGCAGCAACGCCAACUCCAGCUGGGACAUCACCUCAGCAUGUACGACAGCGAUGACGACGAGUACAGUCCCUCGAAGGGGCCAAAAACAACUCUGGACGAGGUGCUGGCUGCCUAUGUCGAUGCCAGGGAUCGCAUUGAGGCGCUGCUCGGUCAUGCGGCGGCGCUUUAG